AUGGACCUUACAAACUCCACUUUAUCACCAACAACUGCUGGUGAUGCUGUAGAAAACCGAACAUCAUUACUUAUUGAUCCAAAAACUCCAGCAGAAUACGCCUUAACCAUAUUAUAUAGACAAUUUGCAAAGAUUGCCGAAAAGAAAUUAGAAUUCAUAAUAAAAAAUAGUAGUGCGGAUCAUGAAAUUGAUUUCUUUAGCAUUUUGGGUUCUGGUGUCGAUACAGCUUUUGACAAAUUGUUAAAUUCCCUGGGUUAUAUAGCUAGACACAAACCUAGGCCUGUCAUUGACACAGUAAUGUAUUGGAGAAAAAAUAAAACGCAAUCACAUAGACGUCAUUUGAGUGAUACCAUAUUGAUGAGAAGAGAUUUUCAAAUGGCAGAAGAAGAGCGGAUUGGGCAAGCUACACUAUAUAUUUUGGCUCGUACACUUAUUGAAAUAGUAAAACAAUUACAGCCGGAAGCAUUAAAAGAAGAUAUAGGAAAAACUUUGGAAGAAGUAGUAUUUAAACCAAUUCUGGAUUGGAAACCUGAAGAUGUUUCAAGAUCAAAACAUAAAGAUGCAAAUUUUACCAUGUUUUCAGAACUUAUUGGUUGGCUUUCUAAAAUACGAUUUUGUACUGUUUCUGACCGAUUCACAGUACAAUUAGAACAAUUCAUUAAAUCAGCUCCAAGUAACAUGAAAGAACAAGAAACAAGAUUUGAAUUGCUUCUUAGAGGAAUGCAUCAUUUAAAAUUAAAAAUUUAUCCUGUGGAGGCAUUAGAAGAGACGGCUGAAUUUUUACAGACAUUAGCAAAAUUUAUGAAAGCUGCCGAUAGCCCAAAAAUAAAACAUGCAUAUGCUGAUUUAUUUGUAGCUGAUGCAGAGGUCAGAUUCCCUGCUUGGGUAAAAGCUGUUGAAAUGCUAUUUCCAAAAGCAUGGAAAAUGUUGGAAAGACCACGAUAUUGCCGUGUCGCAUAUCCAUUAGCUACGACUUUAUUAUGUGUUAGCCAAAGGGAAUAUUUUAUAAAUAAUUAUAACAAUUGUUUAAAUGCAUGCAUACAAAGGUUUAGGGACAGUAAAUAUAGACAAAUGGCGAUGGGCUGUGUAAUUAGAUUAGUAUGGACAUUGAUAUACCGAUGUAAUGAUGGAACUUCAAAUACACAUAAAAAAUUGGAUGAAAUAACUAAAAUUUUAUUUCCUCCUAACCGCAAAUCAACAACACCGCCUGAUAUUCAUCCGGAUUUAUUUGUACAAUUCAUACAUAUUGUAGGAAUGAAACAUCAUGAUUAUUGUAUGAAAAAUCUUAUAUUUUUUUUAAUGAAUUCAGAUCUUAUGGCUGGCCAGACAUUAUCACUAGAUUAUAUAUCACCUGAACGAAUGAGGAUUGCAAUAAGAGCUUUUAUGAUUUUAUUAGCCAACACUCAAGAAUCUGAAUUGAAACCAACCUUUCCAAGUAACCCUGAUUUGUUCUCUCCUAAACCUCUACUUGGGAUUAAAUAUUCUUCUGAUGUUAUUACUGAAGAGGUUUUGAAUCGAAUUGGGUUUAAAGAAGAUUUCCAUAAAUUUUGUGAAAUUGCUUUUAAAAUUGCUUAUAUGCUAGAUCGUAAUUAUGGUGGACUGCUUGUGCUGGAUGAAAAAAUUCAUACUUUACGUAUCAGCUCUUCACCGAUUGUCAAUGUAGUAAGUGGUGUUGGUGAAAUCAAUGGCUUUAUAACUCAUCAUUACUUAUCUGUCAAUGUAUCAUAUUCAAAGGAAAAACAGCCCUCUUUAGAUUUGUUGCGGGAAUAUGUUAAUUCUCUUCCUAGAUUAAUAAACGAUAAUACAAAAACAGUCGUGGAAAUGUUGUGCAGGUACACUGCCCACGCAGAUCCAGAGCUUGCUAAAUCAUCAUUUUAUGCUCUAAUAAGAAUUGCUCACCAGUGUGGUGCUGAAAUUGUUAUAACAGGUCUCUCACAUUUUGUAAAUAAAAUUGAGGAUCAAUACACAGAUAUUUUAACGGGUAGUGGUAGCCAUUCUGGAAUUGGCGCAAAAAGUGGCGGUGUAUUAAGAUUAUAUCUUGAUUUGCUAGUUAUAUGGUUAGGCCAGUUACGGAAUAACAAACAUACUACUGAUACUCGUGGUGAUAUUAAUGUUUUAGAUAAUUCUACUAAUAUCACUACACCUCAAUCACCAAAUGAUUCAACUGAUUCCUGUACUUGGACAACAAUUAUUGAAGUGAUCGAAGCCAAUGGAUUAUUGUUUCUUUGUAGUCAGUCGUCUCUGAUAAGAAAAUGUGCAAUCAGCAUAUUACAACUUGUUGCAGAUCUUGAGAUGGAAUUCGAAAAACGCACCUCUGGCACAGAUGAUAAACAAAAAUAUUCUCGUAUAAUUCAUGUUCUUAAAUAUGGCGGUGGCGAACUUAUCAAAUUUGAUACUGAGCUACAAAAUUCUCUAACAAUAGUUGAACAUAUACGUUUACAAAAAUUACAACAACAAGGCAAAAAGGAUAUUCUUUUAAGACUUGUCGAAAGUGAAAAUCCUGCUGAUGCUGUCAUAUGGUCACACUGUUUUCCAACUUUUAUGAAAAUAUGUAUAAAACGUUUUCAUGUAACUGUGCCUUUAUGUCGCAGCUAUGUUCUUAUUCGAAUUAUGAAGAUGCAAUCGGCCAUUGUUAGCGCAUCGGAAGCACAUGCGCGUCCAGCGCCAAAAUUUCAUAUGCCAAAAAGCACUUAUUCAGCUAACGACGAUAUCAUUAAACAGUGGAGUUCAUAUUUAAUUGUUGCCUGUUCCACGAUCACUGUUUCAAUGAAAGAUGACGAACGUUUCGAUCGACUUUGGACAAAUAAUCGUAAUCGUGGUGUUAUAUCACAACAAGAACGUAUCACAUCAGCAAAAGAGCUGUUCAGAAAAGUCUUGCCAUUACUUUCUUCUGAACAUAGAGAAAUUCGUAAUUCUGUAUGGACUGCUUUAGGCAAUAUAAAUGAAUUUGUUUACAGAACCUUACUUGAAGAAUUAGGUCCACAUAUAAAAUCAGUUGAAGAAGAUUACAGGAUUAGAACUCUUAAACAAGGUUAUGCGUCAAUGCAUAAACGUGGUAAAAAGUUCGAUAGAUUGCGAACUGAGAUUGCUCAUGUUUUCCAAUUGACGGCUCAUUUUCUUCUCAACGAAAGGUAUAUCCGUGAUUCGUCAUUAAUUAAUAUCAUAAUUUCAUUCAUUAAAGAGACAAAACAAUUUCUUCAAGAUGGCGAAAAUGCUAUGGACUGGGAAUGGCAAAAACUUCGCACAUAUUUUUGCGGAUUGAUUGAAAAACUGUAUGAUGGAAUUUCGCAAACUGAAGUUGAUAUAAUGGAUUCUGAAACUAGGGCAAUGCUUUUUAAAAUGAUUGAAGAAUGGUGUGGUCAUGGGAAAAGAGGUUCACAUCAUCGUGAAAGAGAAGCUAGAAUGCUUAGUAUGGUAAUGGAUCAAUUCAGAGAUGCAGAAGAUAGAAGACCUUUAACUACUCAAAUGGAAGCUGAUAGGAAAGCUUUAGAGUUUGCUGCAUUAAAUGCCAUGGCUUCAUUAUGUAAAGGACCAGUUGAAUCAAGCUCCAUGAAAAAACAGCAACAAAAUUUGCUUGAUUCUGAUAGCAUAUUUGAAUGGAUUCAAUCUGUUUUUGAAAAUCCGCAAGAUAAACUUCAUCCAAUUGCAAGGAGAGCACUUGAAGGGUUAUUAAUUAGUAAUAAAAAUAAUCCAAGUUUUCUUGAGGUACCAAUUCAUCUUUGCUAUUCAGGAAAUCCACAAUUUAAGAGCACACAAGGAUAUUUCUUGGCAUUGACAGAAGUAUUUUCCAAAGUUAAUGAUUAUCCUUGCGAACGACCUAGUAAAAUUUUAUCAUUAGCACUUUUCAAGGUAGGAGAUGCAGAAUUGGAGAUUAGAAAAAAUGCUUUAAAAUUAUUAAAAAUAAUAGAAAAUCGUUAUUGGAGAGAAACUUUCUCGGACGAGUUUGAAGUAGGAAUUACAAGUGAGCUAUCGUCGAUCUACAAACAAACACAAAUUCUCUUAUCGACAAAGCUUGCUCAACUGGCUCGAAAAAGAGAUGAAGAAAAAUUUGGACAACUCAGUAAUCUGAGUGAGAUGAAUAUUCAAAAUUUCACUGAACUUUACGAAGAAACUCAUUUUAUGUUGUCAGAGGUUACCAUGAGAUUUGAAUUUGUAGUGGAGAAAUGUAAGAAAGAUAUGCUUGCUUAUUUGGUACCCUGGGUUAGAAACGUAGAACUACAUUUUACAGAAGAAGGUGAACUACAUCCUACAACAUUUAUAAUGAUUUCAAAUUUAUUUUUUAUUACGGUGAAAUAUGGUGAUAUGUUUGUGAAGGAGAUCAAAAAAAUUUGGCAACAGUUAGUAAUGGGUGAACAUGUACGGAAUAUACGGGCUAUAGUGAAAUUUUUAAUUGAUGUUGGACUAGAGAAACGUAAUCCUAUUUUUGUGUCACAUGCGAAAAGAGUAUUUGUAUAUUUAGGUCGUACACCCACACGUGCAGCAGUUAUUGAAGCAUUGGUGUCUGAAAUAAUACCAAAAUCAAUGAGCCCACAAUCUAAAGAAACGGGUGAACAAAAGGAAUUAAAGACUUAUGGAAUGCAUCUUUCAAAAAUAGAAGAAGCGAUGCCACAACAAAACAAACGUCCUAUAUUUUCAUCUGGGCAAUUGGCAAUGUUAUAUAUGGUUGAUAUGGCAAUAGAGGCUGGUGCUGAUUUUGAAUUGCAUUUACCAAGAUUACUUCAUGUUUUAUUUGUACAAUUAGAUUCGACAAAUUUACUCAUCAGCGAGGAAACACGAUCAUUAUUGAUCAAUUUGAUUCAUUCGAUGAUACUUAGUAAAUCGGUGUAUCCGGAAGUGGUUAUGCUUGCAAAAUCAUUGGUGAAAGAAUUAAGAGCUAAGGAAAGUUCGCAAUUAUGGCCAUAUGAAGAUAUCACCUAUAAUAAUAGAUCUAUAAACAGUCUAGUAGAGCUUGAAAGAUUACUAAAAGACGUAGUGACGAUUUUUGGAGUAACAAUUUUUGGAGAAAGUAAUCAAGAUGACUUGAAACAAAUGUGGGGAGAAAUGGCAUUAAAAUGGGCGACGUCGUGUGCGGUUCGACAUAUAGCAUGUAGAUCUUUUCAAAUAUUUCGCUUUCUGAUCCCAGUUUUUAAUGAGCACAUGCUUACAGAUGUAUUAUCACGACUUUCUAAUACAAUAUCCGAUGCUUCCGAAGAUAUUCAAGGAUUUGCAUUGGAAAUACUGAUCACAUUGAGCAAUGUUGUUGAUUGGCUUGAAAAAGAUACUAAAGAAAUAUUUCCACAACUGAUAUGGGCGACAAUUGCAUGUCUUCAAACAGUCAAUGAGCAAGAAUUUUUAGAGGUGUUGUCAAUUUUAGAUAAAAUAUUAGAUAAAUAUGAUUUGUCAGAUGAAGAAAAUAGUGCGAUUUUGCGGAGUUUCUUCCCGGAACAUAAAUGGCACGGACAAUUUAUUGGUAUUCAACCAUUGUUGAUGAAAGGGAUUUUGUCAUCAACAGCAUAUCAAAAAACAUUUUACAUGUUAAAAAAACUGCUGUUUAUACAAAACGAACAAUUGAUUGACCCGACACCGUGUAGAUUGAUGUAUCUGAUACUUGCUAAUCUUCCAAGAUUUGUACAUGCAUUGGAUGAUGAAAGCAUCAGGGAGGAGUGUAAUGAAUGGGCACUUUAUUUAUCAGAAAUGUCUGAACAACAAGAUCGAACAAAUCUUGCCAAGAUUUUAAGCUCAUAUCAUAAAGGUCGAUUCAGAUCUAAGGAGGAUUUUUUGAGAAACAUCACAUUGAUUAUACGAGAAAAUUAUUUUAAUGAGCAUCAAGUAGAGAUCAUAAUAUUUUUCAUGAGUCUUCUUUCAAAUAAAUUACCAUAUUGUAAAUUGAAGACGAUGACGAUAAUCAAGACAUUGCUUCCAUAUGUCAAUACAGAAAAUCAUAAAUUUAUUUCAUUAGGAUCUGAGUUGAUACUACCAUUAUUGCGACUUUUGCAAACAGAGUAUUCACAAGAAGCAUUGGAGGUACUUGAUGAAGCGAUACUUAUUGUUGGUGGGCCUAAAGAUAAACAAAUUUUAAGAAUGAGUUUUAAUACACGGAGAGGAAAAGAGAACGAGACAACUAUUAGUCUAUUUGGUGAGCCGGAAGAGUCUGGAUGGUCAAUACCUGAUCGUAAUAGUGCGAUGGAAAUGACCAGGAACGAUGUUCACUCUGUGUGCUAUACGUGUAAAGUGUCGACAAUCUUACCAGAUCCUGACUAUCAAUUCUUUGCAGAUAUUCCUAUUGAUACAUCGGCUUAUGGAGACGACACACCUACAAGAGAUUAUAAAUUCCGUGAGAUUGUAUCAAAACUACAAGAUUUGAAUGAAUACUUUUUGCCAGGGGAUGAUGUUCUUAGUAAUGGCGGGGGUCGUCUCGAUUUCAGUGAAUUAACUGGCUUUGAUGGCGAACUAGCAUUUAUACCAGUAAAUAACCCUAGUAUAUGA